AUGGGACGUCCUUCGGGGAGUUUUCUAGAAUAUUAUGAUAAGGUUACGAACCAUAGUUCAGAUUGGAUUGGUCAACUCCAAAUAUCAAUAGAGCUGACUUCUAGUCGAAUGGACAGUAGUAAGAUACCGCCAAUAGCAGAGAUGACAGUUCUAAAGGUUGGUUGGAGAGUUAAUAUGGGUGAAGCAGAAGCCUUGGUCCUUGUUGCUGCGAAAACUGAAGUGCCGGUGCCCAAAGUCCUCACUGCGUAUACCAUUGGUGAUAUAGGCUUCCUCACGAGCAAGAUCGAGGGCCCAACGAUUGCUUCAUGCUGGAGAGCAUGUCCCAUGAGGAAACUUCAAGUGAUUGCGCGUCAACUUGCAUCCUAUAUUUCGAAAUGGCGUCAACUGGGCAGUUCUUUCUCAGGCUCACAAUAUGGGCCUUUCCAUUCCUUUAUGCAGUGCAAACUUGGUGUUGCGGGGGCCCUCCGUUUAUCAAGGCAAGAUGGGAUCUGGUGUGAGGAAGGGGAAGAGCUUAAGGCGAAAUCCUAUAUUACGGAAGGGAGAUAUAUGCAGUCAGGUAAUAUCAUUAUCAAGGAUGAGAGGGAACUCUUUGCUGCUAAGCGGAUUGCUUUGGAUCGAGCCUGGAUUGAAACAAUUCCAAUUCAAUUCCCCUUUUCCCGAAAUAGUACGAGUUAUGGGAUGAAGUCGACCGGACAAUGA